AUGAGCGACGACGAAGAUAACCAAGGGCUCUCUCUAGACUCUGUCUUCACCGAAGAACCACGACCACCUUCGCCUGAACCCACUUUUGCGGUCUACCGGCGACGGGUCAACGACUCGGAUCCGGACUCUUCGUCAUCUCUUGCGGAAUCGACUUCUUGGGCGGAGAUAGAGAUUAAAUUGGUCGGAUCGCAUCCGCUUUGGGGGCAUUACCUCUGGAACGCGUCGCGCUCGUUCGCGUCGUAUCUGGACCAACACACGGAGCUUUUUCGUGACAAGAAUGUGCUUGAGCUGGGUGCAGGAGGUGGGCUUCCAGGGAUAGUCACCGCGCUCGACGGAGCACGUUAUGUCGUCCUCACCGACUAUCCCGAUGCUUCCCUCAUCGACAACCUAAAAGUGAACGUGGACAGGAACGUCCCUGCUGCAGCUCAAAGCGCGGUCCAUGUUACGGGCUAUAUAUGGGGUCAUGAUGUCGAUCCCUUACUGCAGCAGCUACAAGAAGGCGAAAAGUUCCAUCUGAUCAUCCUCUCCGACCUCGUCUUCAAUCACUCCCAGCACGACGCCCUUCUGAAGACGUGCGAUCUGGCGCUCGCCGAGCGCCCAACAUCCCCAACGAGUUCUGCUUCCUCCUCCGCCGAAGAAGCUGGCCCCUGCGUGCUCGUGUUUUACACGCAUCAUCGACCCCACCUGGCGGAUCGCGACAUGCAGUUCUUCGAAAAGGCGCGCGAACGACGUUGGCGAUGUGAAGAGAUAUUGACAGAACGCUUUCCGCCCAUGUUCCCCGACGAUCCAGGGGAGGAAGAGGUCCGGAGCACUGUCCACGGGUGGCGCUUGACGAGGAUGCAGUAG